UACGGGGUAGCUGUGGUGAGAUCAUGCUUCCCAUGAGCCCUCGCGUUACUCAGUAUGAUCUCUUCUAUCAAGCCCGGUAAAGAAACGCUACAGGAUUCGAGAUGACACCAGCAGUGGAAAACCCUCCUGCAACGGAGGAAGAAGCUUUGGCCUCUGGCACAGAAAGUGAUAGCGAUGAUGAAGUCCCUGAGCUGGAGGAAGGAGAUGGUACACUACAAACAAGUGAUGUAGCUGCUGCUGCUGGCCUGAACGAAGAACCUGUUAGCAAAGCCAAACAGAGUAGAGGCGAAAAGAAAGCCAGGAAAGCAAUGCAAAAGCUGUCAUUGAAAAGUGUUACGGGGGUCAAUAGAGUAACGAUAAGAAAAUCAAAGAACAUUCUCUUCAUUAUCAACAAACCAGAUGUGUAUAAGAAUCCUGCAUCUGACAUGUACAUCAUUUUUGGAGAAGCCAAGAUUGAAGAUCUGAGUCAACAAGCUCAAGUACAGGCUGCUGAGAAGUUUAAGGCACCCAACCCUGCUCCUACUAUCCCUGAGGCCAAGCCUGCUGUCGAACAGGAGGAGGAGGAAGAGGAGGCUAUUGAUGAGACAGGUGUUGAGAGCAAAGACAUCGAACUUGUUAUGCAACAAGCUAAUGUAUCUCGAAACAAGGCGAUAAUGGCCCUCAAGAAGAAUGAGAAUGAUAUUGUCAAUGCUAUCAUGGAACUAACAAUGUGAGCAGCAAGUCAUGCUUGAUGACAACACGGCUCUACUUAGAUCCAUACCUUUGCUUAGCCUGUAUAGUUUCUUUACUGUGAAAAUUUUAAACAUGGUCUCAACCAGCAAAUAAAAGUGUAAAUGCCUAAAAAAA